AUAAAUUCCUUGACUUUUCUUUUAGGUUUAACGAAAAAUUUUGUUCAAUAUUUCUUUGAUUGCAAACUGAUAAAAAAAAUCAAAAUGUGCAACUUUUUUUCUGGAAAACUUACCGGUCGAUUAGAAUUAGGUCUUUGGGCCAUCGCCAUAAUAGCACUAAGUGUCGUUAUUAUUAUAUAUGUGUCUACCCGUGAAACCUUUGGAGUAUACCACAAAAUCGCAAUUGGGGGAUUCAGCUUUACAAUUCUUGCUGCAAUAUUCCUUCUGUUUGGUGCAAUCUGGAAAAAGGGCUGUCUUGUGUGGACUUGGGUGGUUAUAAUUAUUUUGGUAGUUAUUAUAAUUACUACCGUAUAUAUUAUCAAGUUGUGCAAAGAAUGGGAGUUUACCACAGAGCGGACUAGAGUAUACACCAUAUUCGGUUUAAUAAUUAGUCCAUGUUUCUGUUUGUAUUUGGUUAUCCUAUCAGUGUUAUAUGCAUUGGAAUUGAAAAAAUCAAGAAGUGAAAUGGAAGACCGUAUCGUUAUAUAUUCUCUGUGGUGCUUUUAAUUGAAAUAUCCCAAUGUAUAUAAAUAAAAAGCAAAAUGUGUGGUCAAAACUAUACCAGUCGAUCAGGAUUCGUUAUGUUUGCCGUCGGCAUAAUAAUGUCGGGUGUCACUAUAAUUGCAAUUACAAUACUUACUUACUUACUUUUCAAUACUAUUUUUUUUGCCCAGGUGAAACCUUUAUUGUAUACCAUAAAAUCAUAAUUGCGGCAUGCAGCGUUGCAAUUUAAGCUGCAAUAUUGCUUCUGCUUGGGACAAUCAUGGAAAAACGCAUUCUUAUGUGGACUUGCUUGGCUAUAAUUAUUGCGAUGGUUUUUACAAUUGCUAUCGUAUUUCUUAUCUGGUUGUUUAAAACUCUUGCGGCAGACAAAAAUAUUUCAUUCCAUGCCACGGCCUAUGUUUAUGGUUUUACAUGAUUCUAUAUCUGGUCUGGUUGUCCUAUCAGUGAAAUAUGUAUUGAAAUGGAAAAAAACAAGAAGUGCAUAGAGAAUCGUUUCAGUGCACACUGCUUUUGAAUGAAGUAUUCUAGUGUAUAUUAAAUUAAUUUGUAAUUUGUCUGUGUCCUUUUCAAAACCAUUUUAAAAGCUAUAAAA